UCGCAUAUAUUUUCUCCUUUCAUCUCUAUUUUUGCAAUCUUAACUGAUCAAUUUUCGCACACACAUGCAUUAAUUGACUUAAAAAUAUAUAAAAAUAGGCACGAGUUUAUUUACGCGUGCAUUGAAUUUUUUUAAUCCUAAUGAGUUUGGUGAGAUUUUAAUUUUUUUUUGUUUUAAUUUUUAAAACAAACUGGAUAAUAUUAAAUCAAAUUCUUUAGGAUUAAAAUAUUUUUAUAUUUGUUUUAUCAAAUUCAUUACAUAAAUUUUUGUUACUUUUUGUUUAUAUUUAACAUUACUUUAUUUAAAUAGAAAAAAAUAUUUUUAAAUUUAUAAAAGUCAGGCUAAAAAUGUCUUCAAAGUUGCGUCAAGCUUCUGUUCUGAGUAUGCGUAAACUGAAUGAGUUGCUGGGUGAUUGCAAUCUCAGUCUUUCUUCGCUUCGAGUUCAUGUCCAACAAAUUGGUACUUCAAGUGAUGGUUUAGCAUUGAGAAAGGAGACUGAAGAAGUUGCAAGGACAUGUUUUCAAGCUUGUGAAUCUACUAGAGGUACUGUGCUGCCACAAUUAAAAAAGGAAGGUUAUCAAUGUGUUACUUGUUUUAUUGGCUGUGUAAGUGGUUUAUUAUUGGAGUUGAAACGAUGCCAUGCUAUGGAAUCGACUUUUCCUAUUGAGGACGCGCCAUUAAUUGCGGAGGCAUUAAUCAGACCAGUAGAAGAAAUGCUUGAAAAUUUGGAGAAUUUAAUUACUGUUCAUUACUCGACAAGUGAGACUUCACCCGAUUCAAAGGUGACUCCACAACGCCGUAAGACUGGCAAAUGUCGACCACAGUGUAUUUGUACUGAUUUUGUUAAGACUAGCUAUGCUUGA